AUGACGACUAGAAAAAGGAGGGAGAGUGUACAAAGAUUGAUUGUUGUUUUAGAAGGAGAAAAAGUCACCGCCGCCGACAAGACAGGCAUCGUACCACUGGAGAAGGCUUCGACGUACAUGAGUAAUAAUACGGUGGAUGAGAUUUUAGUUCUCACCCUUCUCUCCGUCGAUUGUUCCGGACCAUCUUCCAGCAAAGGUUUUCGUAGAGAUCAUAGGUGCAAUCAUACAUGUGAAGAUGAUCCCCGCGUCAGGUUCCUUCGUGAUCAAGUCAACCAAAAAAAGGAGAAUUAUAGGCGAAUUUUGAGACCCUUCUAUGAGAGAUGCAAAAGCAAUGGAGUGAAGUUUAUGGUAAAAGUUGCUGCAGGCUACCAACCAAAGGAUAUCAUAACAGAAGAGGCCAACAAUGUUGGUGCUACUUGGAUUAUUAUUGAUAGUUGUUUUACCAAACACUUAACUUUCCGGUUGAGUGGCACCGGAUGUAAUGUAUCACUGGUGAGUGAUGAGGAUAGAGCCAUUGUUGAUGAUCAUUGGAUUGCAGAGGAUGAGUCAUCAGAAUGUUCUACGCUGAUGGAAGUAAUACAUAAUCCCAAGUCUCCAAAGCUGAUAAAGGGAUCAACAUCGAAAGAGAAGAUGGUCAUUUGGCCAAGCACCGGUAAGGAAAUGAAGCCAGAGCCACUUCAAGAAAACGAAGCCGGUCAUAAUCUUCCUUGUAGUAACUUCAGCUCAAGAGUUUCCGCGGCUGAUUUUACAGUAAAAAGGCCGCAGGAGCUAAGUUGGGAAGAGAUUACACAAAUAACAAAAAGGUUUUCAACAAGGACUAGGAAUGAACAUGAGAAAAAUUAUAGCACCUAUAUUGGAUACUUCGACCAUCAAUCUGUAUUUGUAAAGAGGUUUGUUCCACACUCUGGAUGCAUUCUUGAAGCAGAAAUGAAAGCAGCCUUGUUUAUGAACCAUAAGAACAUAACGGUUAUUACGGGUUUCCAUCAGAGCGAAAACGGAACAAUUUUGAUCUUUCCUCUCCUACAAGGAAUGUCAUUAGAUAGAUACAUUUGGGGCUCGGAAAGAAAGAAGUUGAAAUUUCAAGCCAGACUGAAUAUUGCCAUAGCUAUAGCACAAGGCGUUCGAUACAUGCACGAAGAAUGUCCACAAUGGCCAGUUGUCCAUGGCGACUUGCGGCCCCAAAACAUUUUUCUAAGACUUGAUUUGCAGCCUAUGAUUUUGGGUUUUGGAAAGGCUACAUGGCUUCACAAUGAACAACUAUCCUUUAACUCCAAGAAUGGGUUCCUCAAGGAUCCUUUAGGUCACGAAACAACAGAACUAGUGAAAUGCGAUGUCUUAUCGUUCGGGAUUCUGCUAUUGAGACUGUUUUGCCGGACAUCGGCACCUGAGGAUGACAAAAGUUUAGUUGAGUGGGCUCGGCCUUUGAUGCUACAAAGAAAAUUCUAUGAGCUAUUAGAGGAAGACUCAGAGUGGUCAGACCUACAUGGAAUUUAUAGAGUCAUGACUGCUGCAACUGCAUGUACAAGGACCAAGCCGGUUUCUCGACCCUAUAUGAGUCAGCUAUGA